AUGCAUGACCUCAACAACCAGAACCACGCCUCAUCUCAACAACCGCAACCACAACCUCAACAACAACCACACCCGCAACAACCACAAGAACCAUCACGCGUCAAGCAUCGUCAACCACCGUAUUUGUGGAAAUAUGGGUUAAAUAUUGAAUAUUCUGACUCUAUAAGCUGGAGAAAGAGAGUUGAGAUAGCAAUCGACACAGCUCAGGGAUUGGAUUACUUGCAUCAUGGUUGCAGCCCACCUAAAGUUCAUAGAGAUGUGAAACCCGCUAACAUUCUUCUAAACAAAGAAUUUCGAGCAAAGGUGCAUGAAAAAGGCGAUGUUUACAGCUUUGGGGUUGUUCUGUUGGAGCUAAUCACAGAGAAAACAGCAAUAGUAAACAGAGUCAUGAACUUGGGUAAAUGGGUUAGGAGCGUGCUUGAAAGAGGGGAUAUAGCCAGCAUACUAGAACAAAACCUGAAACAGAGUACGCGUAUAAAUGACAACUAUCUCACUGUGUGGAAAGCAGUAGAACUAGCAGUGAGAUGUAUUCAGCUAGAAAUUGCAGAUAGGCCAACAAUGACUCAAAUAGUGACAGAACUCAAGGGUGUUUGA